CAAUUAAAUGUGCUUAUUAUCAUGGCCAAAGUCUAGAACACGUACCAUUCAACCAGUUUUGUGCCAGUCAUGGUCACCUUCUUAUCGACAUCGUCCUCAUCAGGUAGAUGUACAAAUGUGGUCUGUGGUCAGUUGUAGAAAUUUGUGACCACAGUCAGUUCGAGAUAGACUGUCUUCCAGGCAAUAAAUAUUCAAUAGUGGUCACACGAUCAGUUAUAUAUCUAACAAAGCUACAUUUCUUAUCGUGUGAAUAGUGGUCAGUCAGUUAUAUAGUCAGUCUGUGCAAUACUUUACACCCAGUCCCCAACAACCAAUUUGCAAAUAUUUAAGCUCAAAGCUCUCGCUUCAAUUGGGAUUCUUGGGAAAUUUAAGGGUAAAGUCAAACCAAGCCCUCUGUAAUUCACCAGUCAAUCAAUCUUUUAAACAAUUUGCCGAAAAUGGCAUCAUCGAGUAGGCGCAGACCUGAGCACUUUUCGACCAAGGAUAUUCCCUCGCUGACGGGAAAAAUCGCCCUUGUCACCGGCGCCACGGGAGGACUCGGGUUUGAAACUGCGCUCGCUUUCGCCACGGCUGGGGCCACCGUCUUGGUCGGAGGAAGGGACGAGACAAAGGGAAAAAACGCGGUCGAAAAGAUCAAGACCGUAUCGCCAAAUGCCAACGUCUCCUUCGCCAUGAUCGACCAGGCAAGUCUCGCCAGCGUUAAGAAGUUUGCAACCGAGUACAACGCAAAACAGCAGCCAUUGGACAUCCUCGUCAACAAUGCCGGAGUGAUGGGGCCCCCCACUCGACUGGAAACCUCGGACCACUUCGAAAUCCAAUUUGGCACCAACAAUUUGUCCCAUUUCGCUCUCACAGGGCUCCUGCUGCCCUCCCUUCGCCGCUCCACCUCUCCCCGCGUCGUCAACGUUUCCAGCAUCGCGGCGAAGUCGGCAAAACCCUUAAAUUUCGACAACCUGAACUGGACCGAGUCCUACGACCCUUGGUUAGCAUACAAGGUCUCGAAACUGAUCAACCUGCUCUUCACGUUGGAACUCCAGCGGCGCAGUGACCUUGGGUCAUGGGGAGUCACCGCCAUAUCGGCGCAUCCCGGCGUGGCGAAAACUGACCUCAUCGCGAACGGGCCAGGGAACGACACCUGGGUUGGGAGACUGAUCAAUUUCUUAAGCUAUUUCCUAGCGCAUUCAGGGGAAAGGGGCGCCCUGCCACAAAUUUACGCCGCCGUUUCGCCAGAUGCCGAGAAAAACGGGUACUACGGGCCAAAUGGGUGGUUCGAGAUGAAAGGCGAUGUCACCCAAGUGCCCAUCCCAGAGUUGGGAAAGGACGCCGAGGUGGCAGAAAAGUUGUGGGAGGUAUGCGAAGAGUUGACCGACGUUCAUUGGCCGAAAUAAUGAGUUAAAUGGCUUCAGACAACUAUGUAACUAAUCGAUAAGAAAUCAAAUGUAAGAGUGAGUGUAAGAUGAUACGAUUAUGAUGACACUGAGGUUAAUGAUGCAUGGAAAUUCGUGUCAUGUUUUUAUUAUUACCCUAAAUAUCAAUAUCUCAACGAUGCUCAGUAUUAAUUUUAGUGCGGAUGCUUAUCCAAAUUCUAAUGUAUCCAAAAAUAUGUUUAACGAAUUUAAAUUUAAAGUUGUAAUGGGUUCGUUUAAGUUCAUCAUGGUUUUUAAUUGUGUGCAAUUGUCUUGUGUCCCGAUAGUGAAAAUAAUCUAUUUUUCUUUAAGUUUAAUUGUAAGAAAUCAAAAUUUUCAAAAUUGCUAUUACCGUUCCACACUAUUACUCUGAAUUAAAUUUAGAAAGGUGAUAUAUAUGCGUGUUAUCCAUCACUUAUCGUCUUAUUACCUACAUAUUGUACAUACAUAUUACAUUAGAUCUGCAUUCUAAUAUGUUACUAAUGUAUUAACCACUGGUGUUCCUGGCUCUUUUAUGAUGGCAAAUUGUAUAUAAUAUGAUAUGAAAAAUUACUAGUUUCUUCUUUAAUAAAACAAAAAUUCUCAGUUUUUAAAA